AUGCCUCGCAAUGGGUUAGCUGCUGGGUCGGCAAUUCCCAUGUCCAACCAGGCCGGUGUAGCUGGUGCCGUGACUCGAUUUUGCCAGCGAUCGUACGCGGUGGAUUAUAUCGCGUUGGUAGUUAUUGCAGCAGGAUGGGCUCUGAUCCAGCUCUUCGUGGACCCAUUCCAUCGCAUGUUCUCUCUCGACAACAAAUCCAUUCAAUAUCCCUUCACUGUGGUUGAAAGAGUGUCGAUUGUGUGGUCCAUUAUCUACGCCGGAGUCAUCCCUUUCGUGAUCCUCGUCCUUUGGGCGGCCAUGUUCCGUCCCGGUGCGCAUAAAGUCCAUGUGACGAUUCUCGGGUUUUUCGUGGCUUUGAUGCUAUCCACGUUCCUUACGGAUAUUAUUAAAAACGCAGUUGGGAGACCUCGGCCAGAUUUCAUCUCACGCUGCAUCCCCCGCAAGGGCACCGCAAAAGAUGUGCUGGUCGCAUAUACCGUUUGCACCCAGACCAACAAUCAUAUACUCCAGGAAGGCUGGAGGAGUUUCCCAAGUGGCCAUAGCAGCUUUUCAUUUAGUGGUCUUGGGUAUCUGACUAUUUUCUUUUCUGGCCAGAUGCACGUAUUCAGACCGAGGACGGAUCUCGCUAGAUGUCUUCUCGCCCUUGCCCCGCUUCUGUGCGCACUGAUGAUCGCCAUUUCACGUCUUGAUGACUACAGACAUGAUGUGUAUGAUGUUACGUGUGGCUCGAUUCUGGGCGCGGCAGUGUCCUAUUUCUCUUAUCGCCGUUACUAUCCUUCGUUGUGGGCCAUUAGUUGCGAUGUUCCACACAGUAAAACCGACCUGGUCGACCCUGAUGGGUUUUCUAAGCUGCCUGGGGAUGAGGAGCAGCAGAUUGAAGGGCGUGGAUCUAUUCCGCGAAACUGGGAGGAUGGAGAGACUUAUCAGCUUGGAGAGGCAGUGGAGUCUCGGAGGUAG